CUUCUUUUGAACCUUUCACUUUCACAUGCUAUCUGCCUCUCUGUCACACACGUCAUAUUUAAAUAAAAACAUGGCAUUCAGGACGUGGCAUUUGUCUACAGUGAUAACAUUAUUAUUUAUUGUUUUAUCACAUGAAGGCGAUGGUUUAUCAUCGUCAGCAGCACCAUGGUACGAAAAUCUACCUGCCGUUACCAUGGAUUACAAAGUCCACCUCGAUGCUGGGAAGGAAGAUUGUUACUUUCAAUAUGUUCAACCCGGUGCCACUUUCUACGCCAGUUAUCAGGUGUUGAAAGGAGGUGACGGCAUGUGCGGGUUCGCUGUCCGUCAUCCAAAUGGCAAAAUAGUUCAUCCAUAUGAAUGGAGACAAAGUGCAGAGUAUGCUGAUCAAUCAUCAUCAGGCGGCUACUAUGCUGUGUGUAUUGACAACCAAUUCUCAAGGUUUGCUGGAAAAUUAGUUAAUCUGUACUUGUCGGUGAUCAGAUACGAUAUGUGGGAGAAGUAUGCGAAAGAGGUUGAGGAACUGGACAUGAAUAUCAAAAAUUUUACUUCUUCCAUUCAGUUUGUGGAGAGGAACAUUAAUGACAUACUGCAGUACCAGUAUCACUCGAGGGCGAGAGAAUCUCGUGAUUACAACCUGCUGUUAGACAACAAUAUUUAUGUACUUAGGUGGUCAAUAAUACAAAUCAUAGCAGUGACGGCAACCGGCACUCUUCAGGUUUACUUUUUAAGAAAGCUGUUUGAAGUUAAAGACAACUCCUCAAAGACUCGGAUAUGAUUUUAUUUAUUUUAAAGUGUUUCCUUUUCUAUAUUUCUUGACUGACUCUUAUCAUUCCAAACGACGUUGAAGUUUUAAUAUUUUUCAACUGGUCAAUACUCUUUUUUUAUUUUUAUUUUUUUCUGCUGGCAACAUUAUCCUAAAUGGUGUUACGCAAGUUACUAGAAUUUUAUUAAGGUUAUACUCAGCUAGUUUUUAAAAUGGAAAUGUUCUUUAUGAAUAUGUAGUACAUACAUACAGUAUCAAUUUUUUAAAAUAAUUAAGCGGCAUUACUUUUUCAGUUAAAAUUAAAAUUUCUAAAUGGGAAUAAAACCUUUCUUUUAUGUUAAUAGCUCUCAAUUGUUCUUCUUUCUUUCUAUUAGACAUGCAAUAUUGCUUAAUUUUAAUGUUUAUCAGGAAAACAUUUGUUAGGCAUUCUUUUCUAAUGACUGUCAAUCAAAUUGUUU